AUGGCUGUGAAGCGCGUGGCAGUUAUCGGGGCUGGUCCUGCUGGUGCCAUUACGAUAGAUGCAUUGGCACAAGAAAAGGCCUUUGAUCUCAUUCGAGUCUUUGAAAGACGUGAAGGUCCGGGAGGAUGUUGGAUUGGAGACUCUGGUCGGCCUUCAACAGUCUCAGACUUUAAAAGUCUGGCUGACAGGUCGGCUGAUACUCCUCUACAAGUCCCAGAGCAUCUACCAAGCUAUACUCCCAAGUCGAGCCAGCCUCGCUUCACAGAGUCCUCGGUCUACCCCUACCUAGAAACCAACAUUGACCACCUGCCCAUGCAAUUCAGUCAAGAACCCAUCCCAGCUGAGACCAGCGAGCGUUCUGUCGGGAUAUACGGUCCUGAGACGCCGUUCCGCCACUGGGAUGUUGUGAGACGUUACAUCAAAGGUCUGGUUGAACGGAGGGGAUAUGAAGACCUUGUCUCAUACAACACGACUGUCGAGCGUGUAGAAAAGAUUGGGUCUGAGUGGAAGGUGACGCUGCGUAGAGAGGGCAACGAGCGUGACUAUUGGUGGGUUGAGUGGUUUGAUGCCGUCGUCGUUGCCAGUGGACACUACUCCGUCCCAUACAUCCCAGCCAUCGAUGGCCUCGAUGAGCUCGAGAAGUCACGCCCGGGAAGCGUGAUUCACAGCAAACACUUCCGUGGCAGAGACCUAUACAAGGGCAAGCGAGUGGUUGUUGUGGGAGCUUCAGUAUCUGCUGCUGAUAUUGCCUUCGACUUGGCCGACGUGGCUCAACAACCUGUUCAUGCCAUCACGAUCGGGCAUACACUCAAUGGCUAUUUUGGAGGCGAGGCCUUCAACCAUCCUCACAUCAAAAGCCAUCCCUCAAUCACGCACGUCCAGGGCCGUGUUGUCCACUUGGCAGACGGAAGCUCGAUCCAAGACGUUGAUCACAUUAUCUUUGGAACUGGCUACAGUUGGACUCUCCCUUUCCUGCCGGCCGUACCAGUUCGAAACAACCGAGUCCCAGGCUUAUAUCAGCACAUCGUGUGGCAUGAUGAUCCAACAUUGCUCUUCGUCGGAGCAGUGCAAGCAGGAUUGACAUUCAAAGUAUUUGAAUGGCAAGCUGUCUACGCCGCUAGGUUACUAGCAGGCCGCGGCACUCUUCCAGACGCCGAGGAGAGACAGCGAUGGGAAGAAGAGAGGAUCAAGCAACGAGGGGAUGGUGCCAAGUUUGCCCUCAUCUUUCCCGAUUUUGAGGACUAUUUCGAAAAGAUCAGAGAGUUGGCGGGUGAAGGAGCCGAAGGUGUUGGGAGGAAGCUGCCCAAGUUCAAGAGGGAGUGGUUCCGUGCUUUCUUGGAAGGACACGAGUUGAGAAAGAAUAUGUGGAAGAGGUUGAAUGAGGCAGCGAGAAACGGGCAUGGGGAAGCGUCAGAUGUUGGGGCAAGAUCACGUUUGUAA